AAUACACAAAUUGUUGAGAUGGGACAUGUCUAAACCAAUGGAUUUCUGGGAAAAUCAUGACUGUCGCUCACUCAAGGACAUACAAGACUGUGCCGUAAAGAAUCGGUUUUCAUGCCAACACAAGCCAUUACUUGAAGUGAAACUUGAAAAUGUAGUAUUAGAUGAACUACAUUUAAUGCUUCGCAUUACAGAUAUCUUGACAAAGAGUUUAGUUAAUGAAGCUCUUGAAUGGGACUUUAAAGACAACAGCAAUAAACCACCAAAGGAUAGAACAAGUAAACAUCUGUCAGACCUUGUUGAGUGUAUCCAGUCGUGUGGCGUGUCUUUCAAUGUUUGGGAGAAAAGGAAUGCUGAUGGAAAGGGAAGUGGUGUACACGACUUUACCAGCCUUAUGGGAUCGGACAAGAAACGGCUCAUGAGAGAUCUCCCAGAUAAAUUAUGUACAGUAACUAAACCAGCCCACAGACUUUAAUACGAUUUAUCAAAUGCUGAAUGAGCAUGAUCCCACACCUGAAAGAAUUAAUG